CAAAAUCACAAAGAAGAUCCUUCGUGGUUCCAAAGUUGUGUCAUCCUUGUUUUUAGCAGUAUUCUAUUCGAUCAAGAUGAGUUGGGUUGGCGUCACAUUGAAGGAUACCAUUGGCAAUCUAGGCAAAAACACCGACACUACGGAAACAACCGAUAUGGACUCCAAUCUUCAUGAUGUUGAGCUAGAGCGUGGAGACUCUCUCAAUCGGGCCGUGUCAAUCGGUGAGGUUGGAGCUCCUGCUCGUUUCCGCCACAUCAAGAACAACAAGUACAUGCGUCGAUUGUAUCUUGUGUUGGCGGCAUUGGCGGCAAUCUUUGUCCUCAGUUCACUUCUUCGCUUGGCUGUCAAGGGUAAGAAGAACGGCGACGGCAGUAGUGGAGCUGUUGAAAACAGUGGCGUCGAUUUCGAUUUGUCUGGCGCGUCGCUUCGCUUGGCCCACUUGUACGUUUUCAUGCACGAUAACAGCAAUGAUGCAUUGGACAGGGCAUCACUCCGCAAUGCUUCGUCCCCUCAGCGUAAAGCUCUUCAAUGGAUUGCUGACGAGGAUCCCAUGAAACUUGGCGUGCCUGAGACACGCUUUGAUGCUUCCUACCCUGCCUUUGUUCAGCGCUAUUCUGUGGCGGUAUUGGCUUUUGCGACGGACACGAAAGCACUGGAGCCACUGGGUUUCUUGUCUGGUGCCAGUGAAUGUCAGUGGAAUGCCGACUUUCGACGCCCGGAUGGUUCAAUCUUGAAAAUGGGUAUCAUUUGCAAUGGCGAGCAGAACCAAGUGCAGAAGGUUGUCUUGCAAACCCUUGGCUUGUCAGGAACAAUCCCUAGAGAGAUUGGCCAUCUUCACUCCGUCAAACACCUUCACCUUGAUCAAAACGACCUGACAGGAAUGCUUCCCCAAUCAAUGCGUCACAUGUCACAGCUCCGCGAGUUUACGGCAACCAGGAACUCCCUCUCUGGACAUCUUCCAUCAUUUCUCGGACAGAUGGCUUCUCUCAGGCAUAUCGAGUUGUCCAAGAAUCACUUUUCUGGUCACUUGAGUGCUUUUGCUACUAAGGCGAAUGACGAAUCGGUGGAUGAUUUGGUCAGCCCACUGCGUGUACUGGCGGUCGACAACAAUCGAUUAAGUGGUCCUCUUGAAUACAUUCGCUCGCUCUAUGUCUUGGAAGAACUAUACUUGGAUGACAACGCCUUGACAGGACACUUGUCCGAUAGCCUUACGGAUCUCUCCCAGCUUGCUAUCUUCACGGCUGCCAAGAACAAACUAUCAGGGAAGGUUCCAGAUUACUUGCUGCAACUGCCUUCUAUGGCUGUGUUGGAUCUGCACGCGAACUCUUUCUCCCAAGGAUUCCCCCAUGGCAACGCCACGACAUUAAAGUAUCUGGAUCUUCACGCGAACAACAUUGAAGGUGUUUUGCCGAGAUCAAUUGGAUCGAAACCUGAGCUCGUCUACCUUGAUGUGUCACAAAAUGCCUUUACUGGUGGCCUCCCUGACGAGAUCGGACGCUUGAGGAGCCUACAGUAUCUGUUCCUGUCCGACAAUCCCGGCCUGAAGCCAGCUGCAAUUCCCAAAUUCAUUUGGGAGCUACCGGUUCUGGAAUCCUUGUCAUUGCGCAACACAGCUCGCACUGGAAUGCUCCCUGACUGGCUUGUAGAGCUGGACCAGUUGCGACUGCUAGACUUGGAGCACAAUGAUUUGAAUGGAACGCUGCCGGAAACCAUGUUUAACAUGUCAUCUUUGGAGUACCUGUUCUUGAAUCGAAAUAGAUUCGGCGGAACAAUUCCAGAGACUUGGGGAAACCUCACGGAGAUUGAAUUGCUGAACCUGGAUCACAACGAACUCAGCGGUCAAAUGCCUGAUUCAGUGUGUGCUUUGGAUAUGGAAGUGCUCGUUACGGACUGUGGGACUUCUGACGCUCAACCCGAGCCAGCAAUUGAAUGUGCCUGUUGCACUAAGUGCUGCCUUGCCUCAGCUUCGAAUUGCAACGCUCGGGAUUGGAGCAAACGGUUUGGCAACGAUUGGGGUGGCAAAUUCUAUGAACGCUACAACAUUGUUGAAGAUGGCGACGUCUUCGAGAUUGUUGAUCGAAAGAACGACGGAGACCAUGGAAACAACUAAAACCAUUAUGAUAGGGCCUGUGCCUGCAGGUGUGGAGUUGAAUAGAGUUAAUUAGGUAUUUAUUGAAGAUAUGC